GGGCCGUUUGCGAGGGCACUAGAUUCGGACGAAGGCGAACUUGGUCGUAAGCGCUGAAUUGCGAUACCAGCCUGAGUGGGCGGCCCGACAAACAUGGAGUUGACCGAUCGUUGGAGCUCAAGAUGUUAUUCUGCUCGGUGCAGCAAGUACCGCUCCAGGCUCAGCAAGCUGCAAUACCCUGCAUCAUGAUGGCCGCCUCCUCACGCCGCGAUAGCCUCGACUCCCUGUAUGACACAGCACGCAGUGCAGUCUUUCUUGAAUGCUAAACGACCUCAGAAAAGGUGAUCUGAUUAGGGCGCAUGGUGGCUCUUAUCCAGGGUUCUUGUUGUAGUAUUACCAUGCUGUUCCCGUGUGCAUCUCAUUUCGCUUCCUCCAUCAUGACCGCCGCAUGUUGCACCGAAGAUGCGCGUCUCGAGUGGCGAUCAAUGCAUUUUACCGGUGUGCUGAUUUGCCUCCUCGUCCGCACGAUAACGAUCGAAGUUACCAAGCUUUUAUCAACAUCAACAUCGUCUGCGCUGGACCUCGAUUCUGUGUUGACAGUUUUCGCCCCGCUUGUCUCGAAAAGAGGAUUUGUUCGACUCCCGGAACCGUUAGCAGCGAAUGUACUUGUAAGCCAGGCUUACCACGCGACUGACGUCACUUGUUUCCUGCUUGCUGAUUGGACACCGCGUACUAUUUGUUCUAUGUUUGGAUCAACGACUCUGAUCAGUAUAAUAUCAUAGCUCAUCACAUACGUACUCGCAUCUUAUCUCUUUACCGUAUCCUUAAUCAUACGCUCUUCCACGCUACUACUUGUCUCUCUGAGUGUUGCCGUCGACGGGGGCAUUACAGUACUCAAUUGGAUGAAAGCAUACCUUGAAGAUAUACUAUACAGUCACC